ACAGCCUAUUGUUUUAAUCAACGUUACAUAGUUUCUCGAAUAAUCCGGAAGGCGCCGCUUACGACGAUACUCGAGAGUCGAGUCUUGUCGUCACGACUCACGACUCGCGAAACACGACAUGCAGAGAGACCAUUUUGAUCAAUUUUAGAACGCGUGUGCCUAAGAGCAGUCGAUACAAGCUAGAGCAGAGGAUCGUUCAGUCCUAUAAUAGACAAAAGAUUGUCGUAGCUUACUCACCCAAUAUAUAUCAAGUGUCCCACAUUGUGUGCGUGUAAAAUGUCCGCCAAUGAAGUUGAGUGUUAUACGCAAAUUAAUAAAGAAAAGUGCGUAUUUACAUGGGUGAUAUCAGAUUGGCUGCCGUUUUGGAAUAAGUGUGAUGCACAAAUAUCAUCGUCAGUCUUCAAUGUCGGUAGUGACAAUUCAUUCCAGUUUCAAUUGCAAUUUUUCGAGAGGACAGAUGAAUACGGCAAACAAUAUGCAGGAUUAGAUAUACGAUGCUUAAAGAGUAGUACAGAAUUACUAUGCGAGUACAACAUAUCAGUUAUCAAGGAUGACCAACUUUUUAGCACCUACGAGGGUUAUAUUACUCACAAUGAUUCUAGCUUUACGAUCUUUGAAAAUAACGUUGGUUACACGAAAGAAUUCAUUUCAUCCACCGGUUCUGUCACUUUUUGCUGCAAAUUAUUUGUUUUCACGGGAGAUCAUCAUACCUCGUUAAACAAAGAAUGCGUCGAUAACAAUGAAGCAUCGAAAUCUCGACUAUCAAAAUUCGAUUCGAUGUUUCUAAAUGAAAAAUUCAGCGAUGUCAAGAUAAGAACUGCAUGUGGAAAGGAGAUCCCUGCGCACAGAGUCGUGCUCGCCACCGCCAGUCCAGUAUUCAGCGCUAUGUUUGAUCAUGACAUGUUGGAAAAUAAACAUCAAUUAGUUGAUAUGGUGGAUGUUACUUACGAGGCUGCAGUGGAGAUGCUACGUUACGUCUACACAGAUGUUAUAGAAAAUCUCGAAGUUUCCAUAACUAUUGAUCUUUUGGUGGCCGCUGACAAGUACCAGCUCGAGGACAUGAAAAACAAGUGCGAACUAAUAUUAAGCUCGAAGGUAUCUCCUGAAAAUGCUAUAGAUAUUCUACAAGUUGCUGAUAAAUAUAGCAUGAAAAAUUUAAAAAAAAAAGCUGUUGAUUUCAUUAGGCAUAAUAUCAGCGAUUCUUCAGACUCUGAUGAAUUAGGUACUUUGAUUCUCAGUAUGGGCAAAUUUUUUUCUAAGUGAUUUUCGAGUAGUUUCAAGAUUUGAUAAAAUUUCAACUAAGCUUAUUAUAAUGUAAUUGUUUGUAUUCACUUUAAUUUGAAAAGAUAAAGUUAUUUUUGUAUUCCAGAUAGAAAUAAAAAUCUCAGCUAUAUAAUUUCA